CCCAGACGAUUCCCUUUUGCCCCUUCCUGUUGCGGGUCGGAGGCACGCGCCGCCUCGUCGCCCUCGCCCCCCGCCCUGUGUUUCCCUCCCCGUUCCCCCCUUCGUUGGUUUGCCGUGCUCCCGCUCGGGGGGGCGCGCUCUUUGUGCCGCCUUUGCUGCCUCGGCGGGCGAGGCGCUAGGCGCUUCCGGGCCUCCUCGGGUGGCUGCCCGCCUGUCGCACAUCUUGAGCCAGGAAUCCUCUUGGAAGGCCUUCCAGCAUGCAGAUACCAA